ACUGCAAUAACACCACCCUCCCCAGCCUGAGCGGGCCCGGAGGGAAGCCUCGGCUUUGGGCCGGGGCACAUCGCCCAGCCCCCGGCACCGAAGGGAUUUCUCGGCACGUCUGGAGUGAACCUGCGGGCUGCGUCCCUGCCCGGGCUGUGCAGCGCCGAGCUCGGCCCGGCCGCUCGCGGCAUUUUUCAUCUGAGAUACUCAAAGAACUUCACAAAUGAUAUAAAACCCUCUGAAUAUUCCUAUUUAUUGAUGGGGAAACUGAGGCACAGAGGUUAGGUGACUUCUCCCUGGUCACACAGCAAAUUGACAUAAAUGGGAAUAUAAAUUAUAUCUCCCGAGUCUGAUGUCUUAAAAACACAGGCCCAGGGAAGUGGGGAGAAAAGGAUCUGGAGGAUAAACGAUGGUACUUCAGCUCUGAAGGAAAAUGAAAGGUGGUGUUACUGAAGAACAUCUGUACCUGGCCUACUCCCACCAAUUUGAAGAUUGCAUCUUUCCUCUCCACACAUCAAUAUCUUUGUUUUUGCUGUCCUAUUGUGACCAUAAAUUAUUCAAAGUUUUCUUAGUACCUUCUAGUGACGGUACAGAUGACCAGUUAUUUGGUAAAGCACAGCCUGAUGACCUAGAGGUCCACUUCAUCUCAAGGUGUCAACUCCCUUUGGUUGUCCAGAGCUGCUGUUUGCCUGCUAUAGUUGAAGAAAAUGGCAAAUUCUGUCGAGCUGGGCUUUCUGUUGUGUUGAGGCACAUAAUACAGAAAACAUAUGAGGUAGAUCCAUCAAAGAAGUUGGUUUUGGAACUUUUGGGGUUUAAAAAGACCUGCCUAAAAGCCUGUGCUGAAGUUAGUCAGUGGACCAGACUUUGUGAGAUCAGCAUCCCUCAGGCUGUUGAGAGCUUAUUGAAUGCAUCUCCCGAUCAGUGUCAGGCCAUUCCACCUGAGGUUUUGCUUCUUGAGAAGAAGCUAGGAGAACCUGUCAGAGUGCACAAUGAUGACAAAAUUCGACGGCAGAAACUUCAACAGCAAAAGGCAGGUGAUAAGACUGCAGUGCCUGCCCUCGCUAAAAGAGCAACAAAAAAUCUUAGCCCAGAAGAAAUCAAGGACCAAGAACCUGCAAGUCUGGAACUGAGAGUAGCUUUCUCAAAAUUAGUUGUGCAGGAAAUACCUGCUACAACCAACAGGGAGCCCUCUCACAUCAGGAAAACAAAAACCUCUGAUCUCCCACCUCUGGAGCAUGUUUUUGCUGAGGGGCUUUAUUUCACUCUGGCAGAUGUAGUGCUUUUGCCAUGCAUCCAUCAAUUCUUGGUUUUCAGUAAGAAGCACAACAAAAAGCUAUUAGAUUUGCCUUUGAUAUCCAGUUGGUACCACAGAGUUCAAGAAGUGCCUGGAGUAAAGAGCGCUGCUGCCAAGUGCAAUAUGCAGUUUCUCCAAUUUCCAGAUUUCCUGUCUUUCCCAGAUGAGCAGCUGAGAGACUUCUAUACAAUUCCUGAUGACUUAGAGGAAGAACAUGAAGACAAUCAGUUUAUAGGUGGUCCAAGGCCAACCAUGACAAAGUUAAUGGAAAGCGGUAUUGAAGCAAAGUUUUCUCCUCAUCCCUGCCCUAGGUGGACCCUAGAUUGGAACAGUCUGCCAGCAGCAGUCAGUCCUGGAGAAGGAAAGAUGUCCAGUGAUCGUGCUCUGAGGAAACAGCAGCAAUUGAACAAUCUGGUAUCCAUGGUGACAAAAUUAUCUAAACCCGGAGAUGUGAUUGUGGAUUUUUGCAGUGGAGGGGGCCAUGUCGGAAUUGUUCUUGCUCACAUGUUGCCAUCAUGCCAGGUCGUGCUGAUAGAAAAUAAGGAGUUGUCAUUGGUACGUGCUAAAGACAGAAGUGAUGAAUUAGGAUUACACAAUAUUUGGUUCAUUCAAGCAAACCUGGAAUAUUUUAAAGGAACUUUUAACAUUGGGGUGGCUCUGCAUGCUUGUGGCGUGGCAACAGAUAUGGUGAUUGAGCACUGCAUCGAGGCUCAUGCAGCCUUUGUCAUCUGCCCUUGCUGUUAUGGUUUCAUUCAGAACACAGUGAAAUUUACAUUUCCACGAAGUCAUCGGUUCAAGGAAGUUUUAUCCUAUAAGAUCUCCCUGUGGACAUCUUAGGACUCUUGAUGUUAUACAGUAACUUAACUGCAGAAAGUCCCUAGAACCUUGAGAAACCUCCUCGUACUUGAACAGUAGGAAGAAAACGCCACAUGUUCCUUUCAGCCCCUAGCAUUCUGUGUCCAUAGAAAUAAAUAAAUAAUCUGAAUAUCUGUGUCAAUGUCACUUUCAUAGUGCUUUGACGAACUAGUUGUCAAUGUUGGGACAAAUUUACAAAUAAGUCUGAGGACUGUUAGGUUGUCACAUGCAUUGUAGUUGUAGCCGUGUCGUCCCCAGCAUGUUAGAAAGAUGAAGUGGGUGAGGUACCUGUUAUUGGACCAACUUCUGUUGGUGAGGGAGGCAAGCUUUUGAGCCACACAAACCUCUUCUUCAGGUCUGAGAAUAUAGGGAAAGGUAUUCCAAGUAUCACAGCUAAAUGCUAACUAUUUAUGCUAAACAAUCUUUUCCACCUUGCAUUUAGUCAUCCUCAAAGGAAACCUGCACAACACUUUCAAAAGACAAGCCUGGGAAAUUGAAUUCAUAACUCUGCAAGACACUAAAAAUCAUGGACUGAACAGACAAACUAGAUUUAUGGCUUAUUGCAACAAUCCACUUAUCCCAUCUUUUUGUCCUAUGACUGCAGAGGUGUUAACAAGCCACUCUACCUUAAAUGUUUUUUUUUUAAAUUAAUUCAUCCCUGGAAAGUUUAGAUAAGGAAUCUUAUAAUUAGUGUAGAGGUAUUGCCUAGUUCUUAUUGUUGUUUGUAUUUGCCGUAGUGCCUAGGUCAACCACAACAUAAAUAAUAAAUACAGCUUACUGUACAUCAAAUAACUUUGGUUAUAAAUAAGGUUAUAAGAAAGCUGUGAUUUUUGUCGGGAGGAGAGGUUCCAAAAGUUGCAACCAGUUUGUUAAAGUUGCAGUGGUGCUAUGGCAGGGGCCCACUCUGGGCAGAAGUGGAGGUGGGUGCAGGACUGAAACUCUCAAGGUCAUCCACCCACAGCCCCCACUUCUGGAGCCCCUGUGAGGGGGCUGGUAUUGCCAGUCCCCUUUCCCACCCAUGCAGGAGGCACAAGCCCCUCCAUCCAGCUCCUCUUACUAGCAGCUGUGGAAAGCAAAGUCCUUGAGAUCGUCUUCCAUGCUUGGAGGCCUGGUGGUUGGGGGGGAGGAGGCCACACCUCUGGAUACAGCCCCUUUCCUCCAAUGCCCAGGGUAUGAGGGGGCCUGAACCCCUGCACCCUAGAACAGUUCUCAGCUCAAAGACCCCUGGAGGCCCUGUGGAAGGCUGGCACAACGCUACUCACUGAAAUUUGGCCUGGUCACUCUGCCAUCAUGACAGAAGGGCAUGUUCCAGUGGCAUUAUGACCCCAUGCGCCAGAUCGCAAUGCCAAGCCUGUGGAGCAGAAGCACAAUCUCGAAGACUUCAACCGUGGCUGCUGGUGUGUGGGGACGGUGCUAGUGCUUGGGCCUCCAAUAGGGCUAGGACCAGGGGAAGCCCUGGUGGUGCCACAUCGCAACAUCAUUCACUAAAAUUUCACCUGGCUGCCACCCUGUCAUAACAGAGGGGUGGUCAGGCCAAAUUUCAGUGAGGGGCAUUGCAAAAAUAGUUGCAGUGAGUGCUGGAAAUUAUGGUUUCCACAACAAAAUCAUGGCCUGAGAUUUUUGUACAGCCUUAAUUAUAAUUAACUUUGGUUAUACAGAUAGCUAUAAGCAUUUUUGUAUGUCACAUUAGUAUAUUGGUUAAAAUUAUUGACUAGUGACUAAAGUUUCAAUGUGGUGGGCAGACAUUGCCUGUGUCCUUUAGUUCCCAUUUUAAAUUCAUUUUUCUUAACUUCCUUUGAGAGAUCCAAGGAGACAUCAAGAAGAAUGACAAUUCCCAUAUAAUGAUAAAUCUGAUUUUUUUUAAACCAAUUUACUUUAUUUGUACAUAACAAGACUUAUAAUAGACCAACAGUGUUAUAGUAUACAUGGAAUCCAUUCACUGUUGGUCACCUUGGUCUAUCUGCUAUCAUUUUACUUUUCUGAUGGGAACAUUUUGCCUUGAUUCAUUAGAGUUUAAAGUUGCAAAACUAGGGCUAUGAUGGUUGUAGGCUUGCGCCAGAAGACACUCAAUGGCCAAAUUUUUUAUCUUUCCCUGAGGGAUGGUUGGAAGGUAGGAACCAAACUACUUCUCAUAUUUAGCUUUGACAACUUAGUAGAAUUUGCUCUCUCUAGAGAGCAAGUUAACCACACAAAAAGCUGGAUAGUUUUAAUUAUGAUGUUCUUUGUCCUGAUAAUGGCUGCGCCAUAUCUACCAUCAGGAAAUGUGACAGGUUGCUGUUCUUUCGAAGGGGAAAUUAUAUAGUCGUUACCUGGACGCUAGUUAAACUUUCAGGUUGUCUCCACAGCAAAGUGAGAUGUUUUUGUGUAUUCACAAGCAAGUCCUCAUUUUUCAAGUUAGUUGAGUGAUAAUGCUUACCUCAGAGUUCAGAUCUGGUUUAACAGGCUGCGGAACUGGCAGGGGCAGUGGGCUCUCUGGGUUGGGUGGGGUAACCAGAUGAAGGCAGGGAGCUCUGUGUAUGCUCCUUCUUUCUAUGAGAAAACUGAGCUGAGCCUGUUUCUUUGGAGACUUUAAGUUUGAGUGUGGUCCCAUACCCUACCUAGGCGAUGUUACAGCCUGAGAUAUAGGAGCUACCCUUCAUUCAUUCACUGAAAUGACAAUAGCUUAGCUUCCCAGCUCAGUGUUGUUUUUAUUUGCUGCUGCUUUCCCUUACUUGGAGCCUCCUCCAGUACCUCUCCCACUAGCUCUGACUGCCCCUCCUGUACCAAAGCCAGGUGCUUUUGGAAGCCUCUGCCUGGAGGCUUAAUUUGGGGUUUUUUUCUUAACAGCUCUUCCUGCUCUGACCAACUGCUCCAGCUUCUUCAAGCUUCCCAAACAGCUGCUCCAGCAGCCCGAAUAGCUGGUAAAAAGUUACAAGUCAGACAGACACAUCUGAGCUUGCAGUCCCUUCACCUAAUGCAGGGACUGAACCUUUACAAAUCAUCUGUUUAUAUUAAUCAAGAAUGAAAGGAUAACCUAGUUUGAUUUAAGAAAGAGAUACUCAUUUUCAGAGCUCUAACUUUGGUUCUCUGUUAUGUUCUAUAGAAAAGUUUCUCAUGUCUGUAUUGCCAUCUGAUGUUACAGAGGGCUCUAUAAAGCUGGACAAUUCAGAAAUAGUUCUUGCCAGAGCUGGUGCUAGCCCUCUGGGGACCCUAAGCAGGAAUAUUUUGCUCCUCCCAACACAUAACAAAAAGUGAACAGGGGCUCCGUUUUGCUGCUUGGGGCCUUAAGCAGUUGCUUAGUCUGCCAGUGGCUAGCGCUGGCUCUGGUUGUGGUUGCUAGAUCUUAGCACUUGAAAUUUCAGGUGUCCCACUUAGUAUAGCUUUCAGGAGCAUUCUUUUCAGUUGUCAUUACAUCACAAUCUUUCCCCAUCCCACUGUGAGAAUGGUUAACUUACCUACCCCUGCUUCAUUUGUCUUGCUAGCAAAAGGCUAAAAAUUGAAGUCAGAGUCAGUUCUUGAUAUCUUAUAAGGAAGUUUCUACUUUUGUUUAAAUUUAUUUUGUGCUAUAGAGUUGAGAGAGUUUCCCCAUGUCAAGGUGUGGAACACUGGACUCCAGUUUCAAAUUGAUUCUAUACUGAUUUGGGUGGGAUUUGAGCAAUGGAACGUUGCCUUGUCCCCAACAAGAGUGAUGGUGAUUCUUUCCUGCUUCUGAAUCAUUACUGUUAGAAGACGCAGGAUGUUUGAGUGCCCCACACUGCAGUUUGAAUGCUACCCACAAAUGGGGAGAGGACGUCCAAGUCUGACCCUGCGGCAGUAGGAUGACUUGGCUGCCGAUUGGUUUAUACGGGAAGGGCUUAAGCAGCCUGAAGUAUGCCACUCAAGAACACUGCCCUGUUGUUGGGGGCUGUGUCCAAUUCCCCUGCUGAAUGGAAAUAGAGAAGUCUGAUCCAGAGACAAACUCACUUCCCCAAAAAUAUAGGGAAGUAGAAGUAUGGGUGUGGUUAUUCAGACUUAAGUGGUACACACUUUCAAAGGCUGACUUGGAGCUGAAAUAAGUACAAGUAUAAAUUAAUUUUCAUAGAACAAUAUUCAACACACACAGGUUUCUGGUACCAUUGAAUGUUUAAAUAGGUUUUUUUAUGCUGAAAUUAAAUAACUUUUAAAGAGUAAUGAAAUAAAACCAUAUUUCUGUGUUUUUUUUAA